AUGUAUCAUGAACGGCAGUCCCGGCAGAUGUGCCUGGUCCACGCACUGAAUGCACUUUUUCAAAAACCUCAUUUUACUUCAGAAUCAUUGGAUGAGAUUUGUUACUCACUAAAUGAAAGUCGGUGGUUUAACCCUCACAGGUCAAUGCUUGGCCUUGGCAACUAUGAUGCAAAUGUGUUGAUGUCAGCGCUUGCUAUGUAUGACUAUCAAGUAAGCAAGCAGAACUUAGUUCGACUCAUGGAACGAAUUUGUUUUGAAAACAUUGAUGCACUAAUUGUCAAUAUCCCGUCAAAAAAUUACAUUCCUUUUUGGAAAGGACGCCAUUGGUAUACAGUACUCCGUCAGGACAAUAACAGGUAUUUCAACCUUGAUUCUAAACUGGAUGAACCUGAAGAAAUAACUGAUAUUGUUGGGUACUGCCGCAGUCUAUUAUCAAAAACGGCAGAUUCUAAUCAAAUAUUUCUUGUCGGCAAAGGUGAUUCUUCUCGUUUUGUUUCUGCUGAGUGA